AUGACCGAUCACGCACAACAGCCAGUACUAGCUGCGGAAGCUGAGUUUGACGACGGCGCAUCCUCUCUUGAUGGCUCGCGAGAGCAAGAACGACUAGAUCUCACCCACAAUCUUUGGCUUCUUACCUGGGAUAACAAACUUUGCAACUGCCCUAAGAAUGUCGGUGCCAAACGAGUGCUAGAUAUCGGUACGGGUACUGGUGUUUGGGCUUUGGACUACGCGGAUGAUCAUCCCGAGUCUUCCGUGCUUGGUGUUGAUCUCAGCCCAAUCCAAUCCGGCUUUGUCCCUCCUAAUUGCUCCUUUGAGGUCGACGAUGUUGAGAAAGAGUGGCUCUGGUCGGAGCCCUUCGACCUCAUCUUUGUCAGAAACAUGAUUGCGAGUUUUUCUGACUGGCCGGGAAUGAUUGCGAAAGCCUACGAGCGUCUCGAGCCAGGCGGUUAUCUUGAGCUUCAGGACAACAUGUUCCCGCUCAUGUGUCGAGACGACACGAUGACUGACGACUUCAAGCCGUACAAAUGGACUAAGCUGGUCCUGGAGGCAGCUGCAAAUAUGGGGCGCCCGGUCAACGUCGCUGCCAGCUUUAAGAAGAUGUUGGAGGAUGCAGGCUUUGUCGACGUGGAGGAGAAGAAGGCAAUAUGGCCAUACAACCCCUGGCCCUUGGACCCUAAGCUCAAGGAGCUGGGUACAUGGGCUGAAGCAUCUGCCGCCACGGGCAUUGAAGCAGCGUCGAUGGCUCUAUUCACUCGUGUGCUUGACUGGAGCACCGAAGAGGCGACUGUCUUCUGUGCUGAGGUGCGGAACGAACACAAGAAAAUAGGAGUCCACGCAUAUUACGAUGUGUAUGCUGCCUGGGGUCGGAAGCCAGAGAAGGAGGAUGAGGAAGAUGCUGUAGUGCCCUCCUAA